AUGUCAUUCCCUAUGGCGAGUCUCGAUUCUGCGACUCUGUUGUCCGAAGCAGCCUUCGGAUGCGAGCAUCUGGCCGCAUUUCUCAACAAGGACGAGAAGAUUGCCAGCCAGUUCAAGAGUGCCUUCCGCAGCAAAGACAGAUCGCUGGCUCCUUACUCAAAGACCGAUACGGUUGCUGUACAAACCUCUGGUCUUCGGACUGUGGAGUCUCUAAAACCCAAAUCUCACUGUUUGAGCUGCCCAGAAGUAUGUUUGGAUAUUGAGCGACAAGCACAUACCGCAGAAACGGGACACACAUUCUAUAUCGAAUCCCGAACACGCUUUUUGCACUGUCAAAAGUGUGGUGAUUUCAUCUAUGAUCAUGGCUUAGAACGGCUCCGUGGUCCAGCUGGAAAAUCCCACAUAGCUGAUGGUCGAUCUAUUUGGGCCGAGGAUUCAGCCUCGGAGCUUUAUGUCAAGAAUAACGCUUACAAGAACCCAUGCGCUAAGCGUGGUGCUCGUGGUGUCUGGAACAUGGGUCAGACUUGCUACCAGGCUGUCAUUGUUCAAGCCUUGCUCCACGAACCUAGUCUGAAUGCCUUUUUUCUCGCUGGUGGUCACGAUGUUCACACUUGCCAAGAGAAGAAUUGCCUAGCCUGUGGGACAGCCGAGGUCUUCAUGGAGUUUAACAGCGGCGAAAGGAACGAAGCAGUAUCUGCUGCCACACUCCUGUACAAUGGCUGGGAAUUGUCAAAGGAAAUGGCUGGAUAUCGUCAACAGGAUGCCCACGAGUACUUCCAAUUCCUUGUCAACGGUCUUCACUCGUCUACACCUGGACACACCGAGGUCUACAAUAAAAAAUGCAAGUGCUUUUUCCACCAGGUCUUCUACGGCGAGCUGCGCAGCAGUGUCAAGUGCCACAAAUGCGGCCAAACCACCAACACCGACGACCCAAUGGCCGAUCUAAGCCUUGACGUCCAACAGCAAUCAAAGAAGCGCAAAAUCGGGCGCUCCACCUCUUCUACUACUGGAACUCUACUGGGCUGCCUAGAUAGUUUCACUGCCUCCGAAGAUCUCCACGCCGAUGCUGCUUACCACUGUGAGAAAUGUGGCAAUACUCCCCAGCGAGCCUCUAAGCGUUUACAAAUCCGAAAACUCCCUGUUAUUCUUUGCAUGCAGCUCAAGCGAUAUGAACACACCUUCUCGUCAUCCGAAAAGAUGGAUGGCCAUAUUGACUUCCCUCUUACCCUGAACAUGCUUCCCUACACCGUGAGGAAGGAUAAUCUCCCAGUGGAUAUGUCCCAAUACAUUUACGAUCUUUCGACAGUCAUUGUCCACGAGGGGACAAUGGACACUGGUCACUAUUUUGCAUACACCCGCAUUGGCGAUGAUAAAUGGGUCCUUAUGGAUGACAACAAAGUCACCGUUGCCGGUGUCGCCGACGUCCUCCGCCAAGAUGCUUACCUUCUCUUCUACAGCCUUCGCUCUCUACGCGGGGAGGGCAAGACCAAAUAA